AUCGGCUGUCAUUUUCAACCCGCGCUACCAAAAUUGCAACGUUUGAAUCUUAAAAGUAUUUCUUCUUUGUGCUUUUUCCUUUCAUCCAUUGGAAAUCAUGUCCUUCAUCUGUUCCGUAUUCUUUUGGAUUGGCUUUUUGGCUGUUGUGCCAUAUCUCGCGUUGGUGCUCUAUGGUGCUUACUAUUGUAAAGAGCAAGACCUGAAGAAAAAGUAUAAUGCCAAAUGGGCUUUAGUAACUGGUGGAUCCUCUGGUAUUGGUGCUGCCAUUGUACGCAAACUUGCUUCUCAAGGACUGAAUAUUGUUGUGGUUGCUUUAGAUGAUCAAUUUUUGACCUCCUUCAAAGAAACCAUUGUAACUGAAUUUCCUCAAGUGACCUUCCGAUUUGUGGGUUGUGAUUUAUCAGAAGCUCAAGGUUCUACUUAUAUGACAUUGAUUCGCGAACAAACGGAUGAUAUUGAUGUACAAAUAGUAUGCAAUAAUGCUGGAUUCAUUACGACGGGUGCUUUUGCUGAUAUCGCUUUGGGACGCAACAUGGCUAAUUAUCAUACUAAUGUUACUGCUGCUUGUCUUCAAAUUUCUCAUCAUUUCUUGAAUCGUUUAUUGGAUCGGCAACUCAAGGGUUUGGUCACAUUUACUUCAAGCAGUGCCGGUUUUAUCCCUAAUCCUAUGAGUUCCUUGUAUGCUUCCACCAAGAUCUUUUUGACUACUUUUGCUGCUUCCUUGGCCGCUGAAUAUGCUGAAGAUGGUAUUGAUGUACUUGUUAUUCAUCCUUCACCCAUUGAUUCCAACUUUUAUAGCAAUGCUGGAAAGAUGUCUGCUCUUUUAUCUGCCCAAAAGUUAUCCUCUUCUCCCUCUGUAAUUGCCGAUACCAUUUGCCGUAAUGCCGGAAAGGUGAUUGUAUCUGAUCAAGGUCUUAUCACUGUUGUCAUGAAGAUUAUCACCACCAAGAUAUUGGAUUGGAAUGUGUUUACUGAAAUCAUGAAAAUCUUUUUACGACGCACUGGGGAUUAUCAAGCCAUGAAGGUACGACGUCAAGCCAACAAACAAGAUUAGUUGAAUUCAGACUCAAUACGAUUAGGAUAGCUAUUAGUGUAGUUUUCUGUCUGUGGUUAUUUGAAUAAAAUUUCUUUAUUGGAUUUUAUCAGUAA